AUGGGUCGACAUUUCCGUGGUCAAAGAAUCUCGUCGGAUAUCGAUUUCGUGCGUCCAAGCUCUAUGAUCCUUACCGGUGAGGAUCUCGCAAAUAUUCCGGACGCAUUUGAGCAACUGAGACUAAGAGAUGAGAGUAGUGGUGGUAAAAGCGGAGGUAAGUCCUACGGAGCUUUGCAAGGCAAUGGUCUGGGCACCAGGCUGUCUCGCAAGUUUGGUGGGACCAUUAAGCUGAAAAAAAGACUGAGCUCUGUUCCUGAGCUACUGUUACAUGAGAUUAGUAAGGACAAGGACGUCCCCCCACUGCCAGCAUCAACGCCAACGAUGGAUCCUAAGGUUCUCAAAAAGCGCGCAACAUAUUCGAUGAAUCGUCCAUUGCCACCAGUGGAGGAGAUUGCCGAACUUCAACAAAAUGGUAUAUUGAGAAAACCCAAUAGGUAUCACAGCAACGUCAGGAACUUUUCUUCUCCCUUGUCGCAGCCUCCUAUCUGUGGUUUCAAGAGACAGCAAAGUUCUCUGGUAAUGUCGGCCACGACUGAAAUUGCGGCCAACCCUAAAGCUGCUCAGGCCCUCGAAAACUUGCAAAAAAACACAUUUGCCGCUACUAGAGAUGAUAUCGGUAGAAGGCCCUUUCUUAGAUAUCGCGAAAAUAAGAAUAAAAGCGACGUUUUACUGGAAGAAAUCGUGAACUUAUAUGCCACAACCGGCCAAGAGGAUAUCAAUGCAAGACCAGAGUUGAAGCAGAAAAUUGAUGACUUCAUCGACACUAUUCACGAGUCAUUGCAAACCCAUAAAACUUCCAGGAUUGAAAAAACCAAGCGCCGUGACAUAACACCCAUUAUAGUCAAGGAGGAGUAUAUUAAAGACCCUAUCACCGAAGUAACAAUACCACAAUCUCCUGAAUUGAGACCGGCCAGUAUACUAGAGGCAAAUAUCUCAAGCCCAGAGUAUAACACAUCUGGAGGCUCAGAUCCAAGCAGCGGGGGUGAAGAAUUCUCGGAUUUGGAUUCGAUCCCUGCCGGUAUUAGAUCACCAACUAGCUGCAGUGAUGAAUCCUUCUACAGUUGUGCAGAAGAACCGACUAAAGAAUUGGGAGACAUUCCAGACUUAGGUUGGCAGCCAAAUUACUCCUCAAUUAAUGUUAAGUUCUCUUCUGUCGUUCCCAAAGUUGUUGACGUAACGGACUUGUUUGGCUUCAGUGAUGGAGAAAGUGAGAGUUCAAACAGUCCGGUUGAAACAAAUCAAGAAGAAUAUAUUGAUAUGUCUGAAUCAGGGCUAGUUAAAGUGAUUGACGAUACAAGCAGUAGCAUUUACUCACAAUAUUGA